AUGCUCUCUACCGCUCGGGGGCGCGCCGUGCGGUCGAUUCGCGGCGCUCGAUCGCUCUUCGACUCGUUUACACGCGAUGGCGAAGCGGACGAGCGUGCGCCUGGACUAGGUAUCGCCUCGAGAGGCGUCGUGGUCGACGGCUUCGCGCCUCUCAAUAGUCGCGGGUACGCCUCGACGGCGUGUCGCGGCGAGCGCACGUACAAUCUCUCUGCCCUCGCGCACCCGCCUGUGGGAUGGACGUUCGCAUCGAGCGCGCGAGGGAUGGACGCGAGACGCACGCCCUCGGCGACGACCUCGCAGAGAAGGAGUUUAUUUGGUUUUGGAAAGAAGCGCGGUGUAGAUGCCGUCGCGGCGGACGCGACGACGAGUGGUAGCGCCGUGUCGGACGCGCUAGUGACGGUGAGCGACGUCGCUCCUGCGUUGGGAUCUCUCGCGAGCGAGGUGGUACCUGUGGCGGUGCAGAGCUGGCCGACGACAGCGGCGCUGAUGUACGCCAUGGAGUAUUUCCACGUCGCACACGGGCUCGAGUGGUGGUUGGCUAUCGUCGGGGCGACGGUAUUUAUGAGAACGGUGACGUUUCCACUCGUUGUGAUGCAGAUGAGGAACACAGCGAGGAUGCAGCUGUGCAAGCCAGAGCUCGAGGCUUUGCAAGCCAAAAUGAAAUCAAACCCGUCUCAAGAUCCGGAGUUGGCGACCGCGUAUUACGCGGAGAUGCAGAAAGUCUGGAAAAAGUACGACGUCAAUCCUUUCAAGAGUUUUGCGCCGGUUCUCAUCAACGCUCCGGUGUUCAUUUCCUUUUACUUUGCCAUAUCCAAGAUGGCUGCCGGCGUUCCAUCUUUUGAAACGGGUGGUCCAUCAAUGUACCCGGAUCUAUCCAUCGCCGACCCCACGUAUUCUUUGCCCAUCCUAUCUUCCCUCACUUUCUUGGCCUCGGUGGAGUUGGGCACCGUUGAAGGGAUGCAAACCUCUCAGAGCGCGCAGAUGAAGUGGUUCCUUCGAGCGUUGGCCGUCGCCAUGGUUCCGCUCACGGCGAGCUUCCCGCAGGGCGUCUUCGUGUACUGGAUCACGUCCAACAUGUUCUCCGGGGUUCAAACGAGCAUCACGAGAACGAAGGGUUUCAAAGCCGCCAUGGGGAUACCCGACGUUUCCGCCGUCGCCGACGCUCCCGCGGACGCGGCGCUGAGCCGAGUGCAGCUCGACCAAUUUCAAAAGAAAUACGGUCCCACCCCAACCUUGCACAAGCGCCCGCCGUCCAAGGGAAAGAAGCAGCGAUAA